GCCCCACCCCCGCCGCCUGCGCACGGACGUCGCGAGCAGCCAUAGCCCUCCCCGGGUGCCAGAUGGUGUUCAUUCUGCGGGAGAGUUUGUAGCGGAGAGCGGGAUAAGCAAGAAUUGCAUCUUCAUCACUGGAAGGAAAACCAAGAUUCCAGGAAAGAAGAUUUCAGCCUGCUAGUUCCAUUAUUCUGUGUCAUUGCCUCUGGGACAUUCUCAGUAAAGCUUUAUAAGGUAACAGAGUUAAGAAAAUAACCCAACUUCAUUUGAGGAUCUACUUUCUGGAUUUGAAGAAUCUUUUCUUCCCACAGAGGGCUUGUGGUUUGAAUUAAAUGGCUGAUAAACAAAUCAGUUUACCUGCCAAGUUGAUCAAUGGAGGCAUUGCAGGAUUAAUUGGCGUCACUUGUGUGUUCCCAAUAGACUUGGCAAAAACACGGCUUCAAAACCAGCAAAAUGGCCAGCGGAUGUACUCUAGCAUGUCUGACUGCCUUAUUAAGACAAUCCGAUCCGAUGGCUAUUUUGGGAUGUAUAGAGGAGCUGCUGUCAAUCUUACUUUAGUUACACCAGAAAAAGCCAUAAAGCUUGCAGCAAAUGAUUUCUUCCGUCACAUGCUUUCAAAGGAUGGAAAGCAGUUGACCUUGAUCAAGGAGAUGCUGGCUGGUUGUGGUGCCGGGACCUGUCAAGUUAUCGUAACUACCCCUAUGGAGAUGCUGAAGAUCCAGCUGCAGGAUGCAGGACGUCUUGCAGCCCAACAGAAGCUUAUGACAACCCAGUCAGUAACGGGUCGUGCUGUGGAGGGCCCCAUCUCCGGUGCAAGUCAAGCUACCUCCACCAUCAAAACCCCACAGACUGCUACACAAAUCACCAAAGAGCUGCUGAGGAGCAAGGGAAUUGCUGGCCUUUACAAAGGCUUAGGUGCAACAUUGCUAAGGGAUGUUCCUUUCUCCAUCGUCUACUUCCCACUGUUUGCUAACCUUAACAAGCUGGGACAGAAGAGCCCAGAUGAGAGAGCUCCGUUUUACGUAUCCUUCAUCAGUGGUUGUAUCGCGGGCAGCACAGCUGCUGUGGCAGUGAAUCCUUGUGAUGUAAUAAAGACCAGACUUCAAUCUCUUCAAAGAGGAAUUAAUGAAGACUCGUACUCAGGGAUAGUAGACUGCACCAGGAAAAUCUGGAGGAACGAAGGAGCAAGAGCUUUUCUGAAGGGGGCAUACUGUCGAGCCCUGGUUAUUGCCCCUCUCUUUGGCAUCGCACAAGUUGUUUACUUCCUGGGAAUAGCAGAGACCAUGUUAGAGAUGCUUCCACGUGGACGAGAUUAACCCAUGGAGCACCUUUGCAAGACGUCUGGCCUGGUUUCACAGGAUCGAGUAUGUCACUCAAAGAGCACAGAUUUUGGAGUCUAAACUCAAAACUACCAUCCUCCUGCUUUUUGUCCUUAUUUCUACCUUGGUUGCAAAAGCCAAACUUUAUUCUGCUUCUCCCAGUCAUACCGAAAGACCAACAGUAUUUUUUUGUUGUUUUUAUUUAAAUUGUUAACACAAGGAUGAAAGUGUUUGUGGUAAGUUAGCACCAGAUAGUAUAAGGAUUACUGUAAGUUUGUAACUCUUAAGCUGGUCAGUACUGACAUGACAGUAAUGUUUUUAAAGGGAUCAUCUCCCUUCAUAUCCAAUCAUUUAGGGUAUUGAAGGAACAAAUAGAGGGGCCUGAAUGGAGUUUCAGCAGCCAAGCAUUGGCUAACUGGCUCGUUAACACUAGUUUCUUUUGGGAUCUGUGUGUAGGUGCGGAGUAACUUGUUUUUGCAAAACAAAAAUGCCAUGUAAAGUUUAUCCUUUAUGGUGCUGCCUUUAAUGUGUGGUCAGAAUAACAGUUAAUUGGUUGUUUGACAUUUCGGGGAUGAAAUUCAACUUGGGGCGGUAGUUAAAUCAGCAGCAUUGCAUGGCCUCUUAGCCUGUUCUAUUGACACCACCUAGAUAUGGGCAAGCCAUUUCACAGUGGACUGAUGUGAUACUACCUGCCUGGCACUACCUACCCAAGGCAUAUUUCACUUCCCCACCUCAACAGGUUUGUAGGUAUUGACAGAUUUGAAUCAAAGCAAACUUGAAAUGAAAUUGGGCAUCAGAAAGUCUACCUUUAUGCCAAAUAAAAUGUGGAGUGAAUAGUAGCCUGUGGCUGGCGGCUGGGAACCUGCAUUGCUUUGUAUGAGCUGGGCUAAGAGAAUAAGGCAUUUGGGCAGGUGCAGGCAGGAUAGAUGCUGAUUAAUUUGAAAUUACCUCGAUCGCUUUCGAGCUUGGCUGCUGAGUUGUAUUGAACGCAGUGCAGGCCACCUGUGUUGAAGCUGCACUGGAGUUGAUGUUUUCACUGUGGUGCAGUGAUGUAAUUUGAGCCAGUGCCCUUUUAUCACAGGCACACAAAGGCCAUCUUCGGUGACUCUGUUUGGCUGACCGGUCAUUCCCCUUUUAUUUCAGCCUCAAAAAGAACCCACUAUCAUUGAAACUGCAAUGCAUGGCUUGUUUGUACCUUUCCCAUCUGGUAUUACUUUAACUUGCCUGUAUUAUAAGAGCAAACGGCCACUAUCAAUUCAAUAUUAAUAGAAUCCAGAGGUGAAACACAGGAUAUCAGCUUCUGGAUUAUAGGCAGCCGAAUUGUCACUAGACGUAAUUAGCAGAUGACAACAAAAACACUUCUUAAAUUGUACAGUGUGCUUUAAUCUUCAUUCAGAUACCUAACUCUCAUCAUAAAAACUGCUCCCAAAAACAUCCGUGUCUGCCCAGCAGUCACCAGUAGAUUGAUCAUGUGUGAUACAGUGAAAGAUGAUUUCUCCAUUGCAGUCUUUAUUUGUUUAGAAACACAAAAUCUCCUUGUCACAGUUCAGGUGAACAUCAUGCAAAAGUUUCUGAGGUCUACCAUUUUACAUUUUUGAAGUCCUGACUGAUCCGAGGUGGUGAUUCUAGGAGUUAAGCAGAUAACAAACUGCUGAAACUAAUUUUCCUGGGGUUUUGAUAUUACCUGAACUCUGUGUUUGCUUGAAUUACUGCCUGGCAAUCUACUGCUCUGACAUCUGAUAUCUUUCAACUGCUGAGCCUUCUGCUGGCUGAUCUGUUUAAAGUUAUGCUGCUGUACAGUGGAAUGAGAGGGGAGGCUUUUGGAUGUUCGCAUUAUCAUUUGUGCUGCUUAUUGUCAAUAGAAAGAAGAAACACGGGUACAAUACACAUAGGUUUAUUUAUGGGAGAAUCUUUUUUUCUUAAAAGAACAGAGUAAUAUUUUUGUAAAGGAGACCAUUUCUUUGAACCACUGAACACCAAAUUCUUUUAGAGCCAUGGCUUUAACAUACCUGAUGUGAUCCCUUUAGAAUCAUGAAGGUAAAGUGCUGUUUUUUUUAAAGUGCAGUACUUCUUAUACAUUGUCAGUAUUACUUGAUCUCAGAUUCUCAUGGCUCGAGGAUUAUAGUCCCUGUCUUUUUUUUUUGGAGGUGCUGUGUUUGGACUGUUUUAAUUACAUGCUUAUAGGCUGUGCAAGGAUUUGAGGUCAGUGUUGAUUGUCUGGAAGUAUUGAGCACACUUGAGAGAAGGGCAUUAAAUCUGCCAAAGGAUUUCCAGCAUUUUUGAACUUAGGAACUGAAGGUCUUACCAUAUGUGCAACACAGAUAAAGGGAAUGUCUGUGGGAGGACUGGGCAAUGCAAACAUUAACACUGCUGCUUCAUACCGUGGAGUGAGAGUUCAAAUUUGGUUCACAUAUCUCUGGGUUUUAAGGGCCCAAUUCAAAAUCGGCUUGAGUAGUUUCUCAAAAUUGCUAUUUAUUGGCACUAAACUGCCAAUCUCACCAAGACAGUAAUGGCUGUCUGAUACAGGAAGUAAGGCAACUUUAUACUGGUCCAGUAGAGAGCACUUUCCACAGAUUAUUACUGGGAAUACUUAAUGGUAAUAGGUCAUGUCUUGCCCACGUGUUUCACUUCAAUAAACAUGAGAAACACCUGAAUGUUCAAAAUCUGAAUUGGAAGGAGGGAAAUUAAACAGAUUCUGAUUGUCAAAAUGCAUUUAAUUUGCCUUUAUUGUCACGUGCACUCGAAUGAGUGCAGUGCAAAGUUUGUAAUGUCGCCAUACAAGGUACCUCUGUACACAAUACUUAAGUAUGUGUUACAGACUUGAAAGAAUUCUCAAUAAAGGUUCAGCAUAAGAAUAAAGAAGCUUUCAUUUUAAAAAGUACUCAAAUUUAAGUCUUCAUCAUUUUGCUGUUUUGGACACCGCAAUGAAAUUCCAUGAUAAUGAAACACUCCAAAAGGUCCAGUGGUGUUCCCAGACUAAGACUUUGCUAUGUGUUAAGGAUUAUUGGGCAAACUUUACCAAGUGCAGUUUUCUGGAUUGUUAUAGAUCACUUAGUUACUUCAUAGACCAGUCCUAUAAUUAAAUGCUUGAACUUUUGCUUUGCCUUAAUUCCUGUUUGGUAGCAUUCAGCUAUUUUGGACCUCAUGGAUGCCCUAGGAAUCAAUUGAGUAAAUUAUAACUGCUGGAAAUCUAAGUGUUCUUUAGGAUUUCCAGCUUGAGUCCAAUAGAACUCAUGGGAGAGAGGCUGAUUCAUGUGUCAUGGACCCUAUCAUGCGCAAUUCUUCACUGAGUUUCGAGGUAGUUUGCAAAUUUAUAUCGUGAGCUCUGUCUCUCCCUUAAUUUUGUUUUGCUUGGAAGGCUGUUGAGUAAACUAUGCAUUUCUGGACUUCUAAGUAGGUUCACAUAACUAACACUAAGAUUGAAUAAAUCAUGUAUAUUAAAAACUUUUUCCUCACCCAAACCUCAACCAAAGUUACUUAGCCCUCACGCUUUAGCUCUCUCACUUAAGAUCAUGAUCUUAUUUGAGAACUGCAGGAUGAAUUUGUGGCUGAUGCUUCAAUUUGCAUCAAAUCUGGUGAGU